AUGUAUCAGGAAAGCAGGAUAGGCAAAUUGAUGCGCAAGAUAGCUACUCUUGAAAUAGAGCCAGAUCCGUACAUGAUCAAAUCCCGUUGCUUUGCUUUGAUGCAACGUUAUCAGCGCACUCUCGUAAAUUAUAAACAACGCCAUGUUGCAGAAUUUUUCGAAAACUAUAAAUGUAACCAUAUCACUGACUUUUACGACAAUGCCGAUACCCCUGCCGAUGUUCCGGAUUAUGAGCCAGAAGAAUCUGAUCCGUUUGCGAUCCUUCGAAACGACAUUGAAACUGAUAGCGAUUGCGGCGAAGAGGACGUCGGAGGUGGUGGGAGAACAUAUUUUAUAGUAUAUGACCCGAGCGCGUGUGAAGGUAAUGUUAAUGAGGACAAUGAUCAUUAUAACAAUGUGAAGGACGAAAGUAGUGAUGAGGUACCGCGAGAGGAGGCUGUCGUUGUAAAGCAAGAGAAUUUUUCUUGCAUCGCACACACACCUAAUGCUUUGACAAUGGACGUUGAUAGUCCGAGAGAUGCGCCUUUGAUUGUGGAUGAUUUGGAGCUCACACCAGACAAGCUUGACUUUACAGUCGGCCCUAAUGGAGAUAAGAGUACCAUCACGUUCGUUAUAAAGAAUGAAGAUCACACGCUUGGAAAUGCAUUAAGAUUUAUAAUAAUGAAAAAUCCCGAAGUCACAUACUGUGGUUAUUCUAUACCUCACCCGUCAGAAACAAAACUUCACUUGAGAAUUCAGACAACGAGCAACACAGAUGCAAUUAGUGCUCUCAAAAAAGGGCUACUUGAUUUGGAACAAAUGUGUAGACAUAUACAAAAGGAGUUUACAAAGUCUGUUGAAGAGGGAAACUAUGAGUGUGAAAUUGAAGCACCAUGA